CCUUUGGAAUCCACCCAGCUGGAGCCUUGCAGCCUGCAGCCCUCACUCGGAGAGGCAGCGAGGGCUGGGAAGGAAGGCAGACAGGAAGGAAGGAAGGAAAGAAGGAAGGCAAGAAGGAAGGUGUCUGUCCUGGACACGCCAUGGCCGCCCGCACCGUGCCCCACGCCUACCCCAUGAGCUCCGAGUACGAGUUUGCCAACCCCAGCAAGAUCUACGACCAGAACUUUGGAGAAGGUGUGUCCCCGUCGGAGAUUUUAGCCCCUGCCCUGUACCACGGCUACUACAUCCGACCCCGCAUCAACAAGCAGCUGGAGAGGGGCACCUCGGAGAUCUGCCUGAACCAGCACAAGUUCCAGGUGUUCCUGGACGUCUGCCAGUUCCUGCCCGACGAGCUCAGCGUCCGCACCGUGGACAACCUGCUGGAGGUGGUGGGGCAGCACCCGCAGAAGGCUGACCGCCACGGCUUCGUCUCCAGGGAGUUCACCAGGACCUACAUCCUGCCCCUGGACGUGGAUCCCCUGCUGGUCAGGGCCACGCUGUCCCACGAUGGCAUCCUGAGCAUUGUGGCUCCCCGGACGGGCAAGGAGGUGAAGGCCAGAGUCAACGAGGUGAAGAUAACCCAGCAGGAGCAGCCGCUGGGGGAGGAGGAACGGGCUGAGGAAGGAAAAGAGAAGGAAAAAUCCUAAAGGCCGCAGAUCUGGGAAGGUGGGAGGGACAGGGAUGGGGAAUCCGCAGUGCCAGAGCCCUGUUCCUCACCUUCAGUGUUUAGCAGGGCCCUGAGGCAGCCACACUUCUGCUUCUCAAGGCUGAUGGCUGGGAACAAGAGG